GUGUGUGUGUGUGUGUGUGUGUGUGUGUCUCCAGGCGUUGCCAUGGAGGAGGUGACCCGCCUGGUGUCGACAGGAGACUGUGUGAAGAUCUGGGAUGCGGUUUCCAUGGCGCCGCUGGAGCAGUUUAACCCCCACAGCAGCAGCCACCCGGUGGCCCAGGCCUGCUGGAGCUCCAACAACCAGUACCUGGUGAGUGCCAGCAGCAGCGGAGACAAACUGGUCCUCUCCAGCCUCAAAUCCAGUCCGGUUGCAGCCAUGGAACUGGGCGAGGGGGUGAGCACACGCUUCAGCACCGCACACACACCUGUAGGGAU